UGAAAACAUAUAAAAUUCAACUAAAAAACCUAGUAAACAUAAUAUCUUCUUCUUCGGAUGAAAUAUAUGUUACAUAUUCUUCUAUAACAAUUGAUAAAGGAUUGAACAGUGAGCGGUGACAUCGUUCAUAUAGAAAAGCGAAGAAAAUGGGAAGAAUAUUUGCGGUGGAGCUGGAUGGCAGGUUUUACGGUUGCAAAUCCUGCAAAACUCACCUUGCCCUUGCCAAUGAUCUCAUCUCUCGGGGAUUUUAUUGUCAGAGGGGAAAAGCAUACUUAUUCAAUAAUGUUGUGAACUUCACUUGUGGCGAAGUGGAGGAGAGACUGAUGCUUUCGGGGUUGCAUACUGUGAAAGAUAUUUUUUGUUGUCGCUGUGGUCAAAUUAUUGGCUGGAAAUAUGAAUCUGCGCACGAGAAGAGCCAAAAGUACAAAGAGGGCAAGUUUGUUCUUGAACGAGGAAGGAUCGUCGAUGAAAUUGAUUACUCCACUGAAUUCUGUGUUGACAGCUGUGUCAGCAUGAGUGAUGAUGCUGAAGAUGAUUAAGCAUUUUCAAAUUUGGAUCAUAGGUGAAAGAAGAGUUGAUGUGUUAUAUGAAAAAUAAGGUAGAACCAUGAAAAUGUUCAGAAUCAGAACAAUUUGUUUUACGAUUUCAUUUUAGUAAUAGAAAAAAAAAAUAGAAUUUUCAAUGAUGUGUAAUUUGUGUAAUAGAUGAUGAAACCGUUUAGCUAGUUUUCCAGGCGAUAGAACUAGAUAUCAUAAAAAUCUUAUAUUUUGUUUUUCUUUUAUAUUAUGUAAAAGCAUAAUUUUAAUUUAAUUU